GUCGUUGGACAAGAAAAGAAGAACCACUCAAUUUGAGAUUAGAAAAAAUCCAGUCCCAUUCGAUCCGAUCAUAUCCCAAUUCCCGACCCUUCAACAACGCAAAUCGCGUGGCAAAUUCCGCGGAUACCGAUCAUCUUCUUUUUCCCCGAUCAAAACCAUGUUUGGUCUGACGCUCGGGAGCUGCUGCAAUGGCACCGGCCGGGAGCUGUUCUUCAUUUCCAGGUCUUACUGCUCUACACCUACGGACGGAAGAGAAACUUCACAGGCCCCGAGCUCGUUCCUGCCGGAGUUCCUCACCGACUCCCUCGGAUUCUCCCGAAAAGAAUCGGCCACGAUAGCCGCCAAGGUGAUCCGGUACUCGUCCAGAACAAAGCCCAGUUUAGUCGUAGAUGUUCUGAAGGAAAUCGGUCUCGAUACGAGCCAGAUAAAAAAAUGCGUUUCCAGGUUUCCCCGAUUGCUAUACUUCGAUAUUGACAAAACCCUAUCCCCCAAAUUCGAGUUUCUUCAGGAACUUGGGUUUUCCUCCUCGGAUCUCACUGAGAUUAUUGUUAAGGCUCCGGAAAUAUUUUCCGGUGGGCUGGACACUAACAUCAAACUCAAUGUAGCUGCCCUCGCAGAUAUAUUUGGUGGUAACACUGAGGAUUUGCGCAGGACAAUAAAGUCAUUUCCCUGGCUGCUUCAUAGUGGGUUCGUGCCGAAAAAUAUUUCGUAUUUCAAGGAGCUUGGCUUUUCAAUUGAGCAGAUUAGGCGGUUUAUAAGUAUCAUGUCACUGCCUUUUUGCUAUCCUACAAGAUGGUUUCAGGAGAGGGUGAAUAUGCUGGUAAAUGAUUUUGGCCUUCCUCGUGGCUCCAGCAAGCUCUUCUACGCAGUUCGUGCGACAUCUAAUCUAAGCAAGUCAAAAAUGGAAAGAAAACUUGAGAUUUUUAGGAGUUUUGGAUGGUCUGAGUCAGAGAUAGUCACUACAUUUAAUACUCAACCUAACUAUUUUGCACUAUCUGAGGCCAGCAUUCAAAGGAAACUGGAUUAUUACAUGAACAAACUGGGUUUGAAACCAGCUUAUAUGGCCGCUAUACCUUUUCUGAGUUAUAGCUUGGAGAAGAGGGUGAUUCCAAGGAUCGAGGUUGUCACCCACACGAUGAAGGAGAAGAAGCGGCCUUCUUUGUAUGCCAUCAUAUGCUUAGCGGAGUCAAAGUUUGUAGAAAGAUACCUCCUGCCAUAUAAAGAUGUGAUGCCUGACUUAUACGAGUCAUACAAGAGCAAAGUCGGACGAUAGGUCGAUCAUUAAUUAUAUGACAUUCUUCAUUUUCCAGUAUGUGAUUGAAAUGUGAGGCCACACUCAAGGUGUUUUUCUCUUGAGACGAAUAGGGUGAAGAGUUUGAUGAUAGAGAUUAAGUUGCAACUUUAUUAUUAACCAAGAAGUACAAAGACAUGUGAUUUCUCCGUAGCCUUUAGGUAGUGAACGACGGUUUGUAGCGUGUAAAUUUGUGCAUCUUUCUUUGAAGCUCAUGCAAUUUGUAGCGUGUAUAUUUAUGUUUUCUUAAAAAAUACUCCCAACGUCUCUUAUUUUUAAGCAUAUAGUUAGUUGUAUAUGCUUCAAAUGACGGAAAGCUAUACAAACCCUGAAUGUUCGAGCCACAAAUUUUGUGGUUGAAAUCUAGAGACAGUAAGAGCUUGUUCAUUUCACCCGAUCUAAUUGGUUUUGAUCUAAGUGGGAUAAGUUUUGGUCU